AUGUGGAAGCAGGUGAACUGGUGGCUAGAAAGAAGAAUUUUCUGGAAGAUUAUGACAUCUGUGGUGUUGGUCUUAGUCCUGCUGCCUCAGGUGAUAUGCAAGGUUCCUAUUGAUAAAUGUACCAGUGACCCUCUUCCUAUUCUCCACAAGUACUAUCAGUCUGGAGACUUCAUCAUUGCUGGCAUUGUUUCUCAGAUCUAUCUGCUUUCUGAUGAGAUAGCAUUCAAGAAUCAUCCUUCCCAGGAACUGGUUGAUGAACUCAUUUAUUUCAGUGCUAGUUGGACCUAUCUUGCCUCAAUGCAACUUCUCUCCACUAAGGACAGAUUCAUUCCAAACUACAAGUGUGAUUUCCAGGAUAAUCUAGUAGCGGUCAUUGCUGGACCUAAUGCUAACGUAUGUUUCUACAUGGCAACCAUAUUAUACAGUUACAAGAUUCCACAGCUCACAUAUAGUUCUGCCCCACCAAUGGCUGAAAACACCGAAGGAGCUUUCUUCCACCACAUGUUCCCAAGUGGGGCUCUCCAAUACAGGGGGUUUCUCCAGUUACUCCUGCAUUUUUCAUGGACAUGGAUAGGGGUGAUUUACGUGGAUGAUGACAAAGGAGAGAGUUUUGUUCAGAAUGUGCUUCCCACGUUUUCCCAGACUGGUAUCUGCUUUGACUUUGUUGAAAGGUUUCCCACAAUCACCUUUUCCACUGGCAUCAAUGAAAUGAUGGCGGAAGGGUUACAGACAUUCCGUGUGGUCCUAUUAAGCACUUCCAACGUAUUGAUCUUACACGGUGAACCUCAGACCAUGAUGAUUUUGAGAAUGCUGCUCAACUUUGCCGGAUCUGAGGAUGUAUUUGUGACAACCAAAGUCUGGAUUAUGGCAGCCCAGAUGGAUUUCUCAUCAAUUCCCCUUCAGAGAAGGUGGGAUGUACAAUUCCUCCAUGGUGCUAUAUCCUUUGCAAUUCACUCAAGGGAUGUGUUUGGGUUCCAGAAAUUCAUUCAGGCAAGAAACCCCACUGUGGCAAAAGAAGAUGGCUUUAUCAGGGCCUUCUGGGAAGCGGUGUUUGAAUGUUUGUUCCCCAACUCAGUCUCAGACAGGGAAGUUGGGACAAGCUGCACUGGAGAGGAAAAGCUAGACACUCUUCCUGUCUCUGUUUUUGAAAUGAGCAUGACAGGCCAAAGCUAUAGUGUCUACAAUGCUGUUUUUGCAGUUGCCUAUGCUUUCCAUGCCAUGCAUUCCAAAUCUGAUCAUAGAGCAAUGGCAGGUGGAAGAAGACAGAAGCAUCUGAAUAAGUUAUCCUGGCAGCUUCACCAUUAUCUGAGAAGUGCCUCAUUCAACAACAGUGCAGGAGAAACUAUUUCCUUCGACCAAAAUGGAGAAUUUGUGGCUGGGUUUGAUACUAUCAAUUGGGUCACAUUCCCAAACCAGUCCUUUCUUAGAGUCAAAGUUGGAAGGAUAGACACACAGGGAGCUCCUGGGAAUGUAUUCACCAUUGAUGAGGAGGCCAUGGUGUGGCCCAGCAGUUUUAAUCAGGUGCAACCUCUUUCGAUGUGUAAUGAAAAAUGCCGGACAGGAUAUGCUAAGGCCAAAAAGGAAGGGAAGCCAUUUUGCUGCUAUGAUUGCCUUCCAUGUCCAGAAGGGAAGAUUUCAAACCAGAAGGACAUGGAUGACUGUUUUCAAUGCCUGGAAGAUCAUUAUCCAAACAAGGACCAGAAUUUCUGCAUUCUAAAAGUGUUAAAUUUCUUGUCUUAUGAAGAACUGUUGGGGAUCAUUUUGGCCAUUUUGGCUCUUUUCUUUUCUUUCAUCACAGCUUUGGUCUUAGGAACCUUUAUAAAGUGCCACAGCACACCCAUUGUCAAAGCCAACAACCGGAACCUCUCCUAUACUCUUCUGGUCUGCCUCCUUCUGUCCUUCCUUUGUGCUUUCUUAUUCAUUGGCCGACCUGAGAAACUCAUCUGUCUCCUCCGCCAAACUGCUUUUGGUAUGGUUUUCUCUGUGUCUCUUUCUUGCUUACUGGCUAAAACCAUCUUGGUACUUCUAGCUUUCAUGGCCACAAAGCCAGAUUCCCAGGUGAGAAAAUGGGUGGGGAAAAGACUGGCCACCUCCAUUGUUCUUUUUUGCUCCUUUAUUCAAGCCAGUAUUUGUACCAUGUGGCUGACAACCUCUGCCCCAUUCCCAGAUUUUGACAUGCACUCGCUGAAUGAUGAAAUAGUACUGGAAUGUAAUGAAGGGUCAGCUGUCAUGUUUCAUUGUGUCCUGGGUUAUAUGGGCUUCCUGGCCAUUGUCUGCUUUGUUGUUGCGUUCUUAUCCAGGAAUUUACCAGAUACUUUCAAUGAAGCCAAGCAUAUCGCUUUCAGCACAUUAUUGUUUUGCAAUGUUUGGUUGGCCUUUGUGCCAGCCUACUUGAGCACCAAGGGCAAAUACACGGUGGCUGUUGAACUCUUUGCCAUCUUGGUUUCCGGCACUGGGUUACUGGGGUGUAUCUUUGCCCCCAAAUGUUAUAUCAUUUUACUGAGGCCAGGUCUGAAUAAAAGGGAGCAACUAAUAAAAAGAAAAAUGUGA